CUGCUAACUUCAUUUUUCUGUUGGCGCUGUCUUGAAUAUUGAUCUGAUGAAACACGAAAUCAUAACCUAGACGGAUUACUGGAUUGAUUAUGUGUAUUUGGAUUAUUAAAUAAACCAAGAUAACCUUUAGCUAUAGCUAGCUUACACAUUAUUUAUCUUGAAUGCAAAUGAGUUGCUAGUUAUUAGCCAACUACUCUACUAGCUAACUAGUUCUAUGUUAGAGACCCUUGACUAUUGAGUGAGCGUCUAGCUAGUCUUAAUGACUUACUAAUCAUCUGGUUGACUUUAUGUCAGAGUCGUGAGUUUGUGUUAUCUAAAGCUGUAACGUUAGAGAUGUCAGAGAGGAGAAGAGACCGCCGUAGCUGGGACUGGGACAACCCUCAGUGCCGAGCUCAGAUGGACCAAAUCUUCUUCCGCCGGCAUGACUACAUCCAGAACGGAACCACGGAACACAAAGAGUUCUGGAACUUCUUCGACCGCUUCCAGAGGUUCAAAACCAAGAAGGACAUGUCAGGGGGCAGCAGGAAGGAAGACAUGGAGGAGGGCAGAGACAGAAAGAAGACCGUAGAUCUGGGUCUGCCUAAAGAAUAUGAUGCCCGCUAUCGGAUCAACGUGUCAGUUUGUACCAAAGACACAGAGGAGAGGCUGGAGACGGGGAGGUCUGAUCAGAGACACAGACACAGCUCCUCAGGCCCAGGGAGUCAGGAUGUAGCUGAUUGUCGCCUUGCUUUACUGCACUUCCUGGACUUCAGCCAAAGGCAGAGCUUUGGGAAGCUGGCCAAGUUGAGGACGGAGCAGAAAGCCCUUCCUAUCUUUCAGUACCGGGACCGGAUCGUGGAGUUGGUGCGGGCUAACCCGGUAGUAGUGGUGGCGGGGGAUACAGGCUGUGGAAAGUCCACCCAGGUCCCCCAGUACCUCCUCUCCUCUGGGUUCAGUCACAUAGCUUGCACUCAGCCUCGGCGGAUUGCCUGUAUCUCCCUCGCCAAGAGGGUCAGUAUCGAGAGUCUCAACCAGUACGGCUCCAAGGUUGGCUAUCAGAUCCGUUUCGAGGGGACUCGUACCCCGUCCACCAAGCUGUUGUUCCUGACAGAGGGGUUACUACUGAGACAGAUACAGGCUGACGGGGCCCUGGAGCAGUACCAGGGCUCUGGUCUAAAGUAG